UACGGUGAAGUAGGUGGCGUCUUCUGCCGCAAACGUAAAUGGCACGGCCUGGGGAUUGGCUUCUUCUCCCGCAUAACCUUCAUCAACCAUGUGCCACAUAGUGCUUCUGCUAUCAGCUUCUACGAAAGCCAAUCUACAUUCGGCUAAUGCGCCGUGCUGCUCGCCAAUCGCAGAUCUCAUCAACGCACGCGAGCGCGAAGGGAUGUCACCAAUUGAACCAGGUUGUAGCUCUCGCGGAGCCAUCGGCAGACAUCCGAGCCGACAUUCGCUUCCCGCCGCCCAAAGCUCAGGAAGAUGCAGGUGGCUUUGGAACGGGAUUAGCUUGCAGGUCUCACAAAUGAUGGUUAUGAUUCCGCAAUAAUGGAGUGAAUGUUGGUUUCUAGGCACGACAGGCUAGCUGGGCGGUUACUGGGUAUGGCGCACGACAGCUUUAUGCAGAAGCAGAAGCAGCAGCAGUGCGUGGCAGG